AUGACCCCCAUUUGGAGUUAUGUCGACAGUUACUCUAGCUCGGUGGACGAAGUAAGUACUUCAUCCGUGAAUCGGCUCUUGGAGGUACUUAGCAUUCCAUUAUUCAUACUUUACAUAGUGGUGCUGGUACUGGUGUUUAUUGGAUUUACACAGAUUACGUUUCACUUCAAUAAAAAAGCUCAAUUACAGCUAGAUUUUCUCGUGGAUGAUGAUUCUUUAGAACCAGUAACGAUAUUAAGACCGCUCAAAGGUAUUGAUUCGAACAUGCUUAGCUGUCUUGAAUCAUCGUUCCAACAGAAAUAUCCUCUUGAAAAGCUGGAAAUAAUAUUUUGCGUUCAGUCUGCCGUCGAUCCUGCGAUACCGAUUGUGAACACUCUGAUUGAAAAAUACAGUAACGUAGACGCCAAACUCAUGAUCGAUCAAGACCAGAAGAGCCUUGAUUUUUUCGGCUCCAAUCCAAAAGUGAACAAUUUGCAUAAAGGUUACAAGGCUGCCAAAUAUGAUAUCCUAUGGGUCCUUGAUUCCAAUAUUUACACUGAUCCACAUACGUUGAGAAGAUCCAUCUACACUUUGCAAAACAACAAGAACAAUGGAUCCAGUGUCCCAGCUUGGUUGAGGCGAGACAAGACCGUCAAGAUGGUCACACAUGUUCCCAUUGUUGCAUCUAACUCAAAGCAUCGCAUAAACUGGGGGUCUAAACUUGACGAGAUGUUCAUGUCCACAUCUCAUGCCAAAUUUUAUGUUGCGCUAAAUAGAAUUCAACCAGCUCCUUGUAUUAAUGGCAAGUCUAACAUUUACAAAAGGUCAGACUUGGACAAGUCUGUCGAGCUUAUCACGCGUCAACGUAUCCUAAAGGGGGAUGGUCUCAAACACUUUGCUAAGUACAUCGGAGAAGACCAUAUGAUUGCAAUAGCUAUUUUUGAGAACGUCGAUGGCUGUGCAGGGAUGAGUCGAGAUGUUGUUUUGCAGCCAGUCAGUGGUCAAAAUAGUGUGAAAGAGUAUAUACAGAGAAGAGCAAGGUGGUUGCGUAUAAGGAAGUAUAUGGUUUCUGCGGCCACAUUCUUGGAGCCCACUACUGAAAGUCUUCUAAGUGGUAUAAUCGGGAGUUUCUCGGUAAAUGUGCUUUUGAAGGACAAAAGUAGCAUUAACUGGACAUGGUUCAUUUGUCACAUGAUAGCGUGGUUUGUUAUCGACGCUAUACAGUAUGAGAAGCUCAUCAAUGUUACCAAUAAUAACGUGUCUUCAGUGAUAGUGCCAAGAAAGUUCCAUUUGGGUCAAUUUGCUCGCUUCUGGGCAUUGAGAGAAUUCUUAGCUUUGCCUAUAUGGGUGAUAUCAAUGUGUGGUACCGACAUACAAUGGAGAGGCCAACCGUUCAAGAUUCUUCCAGACCUCUCGGCGGAGCCGCUGUAG